CCCCCGCCAUGGCCGCCGCCUGGCGCGAGGGCUAGGUGGCCCGGGGAGAGUGUCUGCGAGGCCUUCCCGGUCGCUGGGCCUGCGGACUCGGGGCGCAUGAGCCUCCUUCGGGGCGCGCCCCCAUGCGCUCGGGCCAUGGCGCGCCUGGGCGCGGUGCGCUCCCACUACUGCGCGCUGCUGCUGGCCGCGGCGCUGGCCGUCUGUGCCUUCUACUACCUGGGCUCGGGGCGGGAGACCUUCUCGAGCGCCACCAAGAGGCUGAAGGAGGCCCGCGCCGGGGUCCCCGCCGCGCCCUCGCCGCCCGCGCUGGAGCUGGCCAGGGCGUCCCUGGCGCCGCCUCCGGGGGCCAAGGCCAAGAGCCUGGAGAGCGGCGGGGCCGGCCCGCUGGAUUAUCACCUUCUGAUGAUGUUCACCAAGGCGGAGCACAACGCCGCGCUGCAGGCCAAGGCCCGCGUCGCGCUGCGCUCGCUGCUGCGCCUCGCCAAGUUCGAGGCGCACGAGGUGCUGAACCUGCACUUCGUGAGCGAGGAGGCCAGCCGCGAGGUGGCCAAAGGCCUGCUGCGGGAGCUCCUGCCGUCGGCCGCCGGCUUUAAGUGCAAGGUUAUCUUCCAUGAUGUGGCCGUGCUGACGGACAAGCUCUUCCCCAUCGUGGAGGCCAUGCAGAAGCACUUCAGUGCUGGCUCAGGCACCUACUACAGCGACUCCAUCUUCUUCCUCUCGGUUGCAAUGCAUCAGAUCAUGCCCAAAGAGAUCCUGAGGAUCAUUCAGCUGGACCUUGACCUAAAGUAUAAGACCAACAUCCGGGAGUUGUUUGAGGAAUUUGACAAUUUUCUGCCGAAUGCUGUCAUUGGCAUAGCCAGAGAGAUGCAGCCAGUGUACAGACACACGUUCUGGCAGUUCCGCCAUGAGAACCCCAACACCAGAGUUGGGGACCCUCCACCUGAGGGGCUGCCUGGCUUCAACAGUGGGGUGAUGCUGCUGAACCUGGAAGCCAUGCGCCAGUCCCCUCUCUACAGCCGUCUGCUGGAGCCCUCCAGGGUGCAGCAGCUGGCUGAGAAGUACCACUUCCGUGGCCACCUUGGUGACCAGGACUUCUUCACCAUGAUCGGCAUGGAGCACCCGGAGCUCUUCCACGUGCUGGACUGCACCUGGAAUCGCCAACUCUGCACCUGGUGGCGGGACCAUGGCUACAGCAACGUCUUUGAGACCUACUUCCGCUGUGAGGGCCACGUGAAGAUCUACCACGGGAACUGCAACACCCCAAUCCUGGAGGACUAGCCAGUUACACCUGCCUUCGUAGGGCCUGUGGACCUGGGGGAGAGAGGGGUCUCCAGAGACACCCCGGGGUCAGAGACCGCAAGGAUCCAAGGGACUUUGGAAUUCAAGCACGGCACAUCCCCCACCUGGCUGGUCUCUGUCCUGGGGCCUAUGCAUGGCUGCUGCUCAGGAACUUUCCCUCCAGAGCUCCAGGCUUCUUGAAGGACAAAUACAUGUACAUCUUCUGGAGGGCGUGGAAACAGCAGUUGAAGAGCAGGCGGGAAAGAAAAUGGUGCCCUUACCCUUAAAGAAUAAAAUCCUUUAAAAACUAGCUCUUCUUCCCUCAAAUUGAUAGGCUUCUGUUUUGUGAGGAAGAGCAAACAGUAUGGUUCCAGCUCUCUGUGAGCUCUUACUGAGUGAGCCAGGGUUGUAACAAAUAGCUUGAAGUGUAAGUGUCCAGGUGCAGAACUUCCUUCCGCGGCAUCAACCCUGAUGGAGCACAUCUUUUCCCAGGAGGCUGUGCACCACCUCUUGCAGUGAUCACAUUGCUUGGUGCAGGCUUCACGAUUACCCCCUCUUUGGGGAGAGGCUCCAGAGUCAGCUGGGGCUCACACAACACCCUCUUGUUGUAACAUUCUCAGUUUUAUCUCCCAAUUACAUCACAGAAACUCAUUUUCUCUUAUCCAUGCAGACCAACUCCAAGUAACCUGGCUAUGCUAAGAAAUCAAAUCCACCAGCCAAGGACAGAGAUUGGCCACUUCAAGAACAUGCAGUUCAUCCUCUGACCCGGGGAGACUCAUUACUCAAGGAGACCAGCAGUCUACAAGUACAACCAUGUGGGCUUGGAAAGGGUGAGCCCUGUGGGCUUAUAAUCAUUCCAGUCUCUUCAUUAAAAAAUUAAUAACUAAAAAUCAUCCUCCUACUUUCCUAUGGUGCAUGCCAGAGCCCGCCCCUUAGUGGAAGUGAGUGUCAGGUUCUGUGACACUGCAGAGAUUGAGCUUCCCCUAGUCCAUGAGAGGAAUGUUUUGGCAUUUUCCUCUUACUUUGUCUUAAUUGCAUUUCCUUUUUCCAUUUCGUAAAGACAGCUAAUAAACAAUCUUUGCAAAUACAA